GACUAAGAUCUUCCUACUUCGAGACAUUAACCAAGUCAUGAUGUUAUUCUCAUACGUAAAUGACACAUAGGAAUAUCUGAAUGAAAAAUAAGUACUUUGCUGAAUAGAUUCUUGCGUUUGAAUGCUGUUUUCAUUUUAUUCGCCCGUUUGUUGUUGACCGAGCAAUAAAACCUGUACUGUCCCGCCUGUCGAAUGAGGCGGGGCUUAUUCUUUCUAAUGCCAGGGUAAAGACUGAGGGAACUGUGGCGGAAUAUAUCCAACAAUCCGACCGCCGUAAGUGUCUGACACCGCAUGCUGAUGGAUGACUAUGGCAUCUUUGGCUCCCGCUCUGGACAUUGCAGCAGCAGGGAUGCCGCAACAGAUCCUGUCGGUGCCCAUGCAGAAUAAAUACCAAUGUCAACAUUGCAGCGGCGUCCUAAGGAAGCCAGUCCAGGCCCCUUGUGGGCACAGAUUCUGUGCUCACUGUCACAAAUUUCUCACCAGCUCGGGACCCAAGCCCUGUGAAGCAUGUCAGACGGAGGAGAUUUUCGAAGCGGAGAUAUCUAUCCUCAAGAGCAGCAACGCGUUUCCAGACAAUGCGGCACGGAGAGAGAUUGAAGGUCUGCCCGCCAGCUGUCCCAGCGAAGGCUGUAAUUGGAAAGGAAUCGUGAAAGAUUACGAGGUGCAGCAUGAAGGCAAGUGCAAGUAUGAACGCAUCCCGUGCAAAGCCUGUCACCUGCCCGUCCUGCGCAGUGAGCUGGAGCGGCACAGCGAUAGGGAAUGCGAGGAGAGGACCCUCAACUGCAAAUACUGUAAAGCCUCCUUCAGUUUCCGGGACAUCAAGGCUCAUGACGAAGUAUGUCAGAAAUUCCCCAUCCAAUGCAAAGACUGCGGAAAGAAGAAGAUCCCACGAGAAAAGUUUCCUGAGCACAGUCGGUCCUGUGGGAAGUCCAAGGUUUCCUGUCCAUUCAGUGUGCUGGGUUGCAGAACAGUGGUAGAGAAUGAGAAGCAGACGGAGCAUGAGCAUUCCAGCAUCUCGGAGCACUUGCGCCUCCUGCUGGACCGACUCUGCCAGAUACAGCAACUGGCAGAGGAUCCUGGGGAAUGGCAGGAGGACUCGGGACUGGGGCUGUAUCGUGCCCCUGAGGAAAAGGAGACGCCUGUGAGUGGAGUGGGCCAGACAACCAGCCUGGAGCAGAAGACGACAGCACUGGAGAACAUUGUGUGUGUGCUGAACCGGGAAGUGGAGAGGAGCUCAUUCACCUUGGAGGCGUUCUCCCGGCAACACCGGCUAGACCAGGAGAAGAUCGAGAACCUCGCAAAUAAGAUACGGCAGAUGGAGCGUACACUCACUCUGAGGGACAUCCAGCUGACCGAGACGGAGCAGAAAGUGCAGGAGCUCGAGUUCUGCACCUAUGACGGCGUCUUCGUCUGGAAGAUUACGGACUUUGCCCGGCGUCGCCAGGAAGCCUUGGCGGGUAGAUCUCCUGCCAUGUUCUCUCCAGCUUUCUUCUCCAGCAAGUACGGCUAUAAGAUGUGCCUGCGACUGUACCUGAAUGGCGAUGGCACAGGUCGCGGGACGCACCUCUCGCUGUUCUUUGUGGUAAUGAAGGGGAAGUACGACGCCCUGCUCAAGUGGCCCUUCAGCCAGAAGGUGACACUGAUGCUGCUGGAUCAGAACAAUCGCGAGCACAUCAUUGACGCCUUCCGGCCCGACGUCAACUCCAGCUCCUUCCAGAGGCCCAUUAAUGAGAUGAACAUCGCGAGUGGCUGCCCUCUCUUCUGCCCACUGGCCAAGCUGGCUGGCAAGAGCUCCUACUUGAGAGAUGACACCAUCUUCAUCAAGGCCAUCGUGGACCUCACAGGUCUCUAGCAAUCCUGGGCUAGGCUGUGUUGCACAGACCUGAGUCUGGUCAGAUGAGCAGUGUUUGGCAUCUGUGGAAGAUGGCCAUUUAAAAAAAAUAUUUAAAUAAAAAUUAUAUUAAUUAUAAUUAUUAUUGGCAGCAAUGAGGAUUGAAAGGUGACUGUAAUCAUGUGAUAGACUGAUUGAUUGCCUCAUUUGCGCCAUGUACUAAUAAUAAUUAAGAAUAUUAAAUAUUAUAGCAAAUUCAGCUAUAAGUACAUGACAUGUACAUUAAGUAUACUAUUAAUUACAGUGCUGUCUGCGGUUCACAAACACAAUCCAUUCCAGGAAAGCGAACCAAUUUGUACGCAAACCAAGGCAAUUUUUCCCAUAAGAAAGAAUUGAAAUGCGAUUAAUUUGUUCACAAGCCUACUGGAAGAUUUGCACAUGCUAAAUACACACGAGGAUCGGACCGGGUACAUACAAGACACACACGCUCGACAAUAGGAAAAUGCAACCAUUAACAUUAACAACAACAACAAUACAAGGGCUAUUUACAGUUGCACGCGGGGCAUGCUGGGACAUGUGUCCCUCCGGUGCUACGCUAGUAAUAAAAAAAAAGGAAUCUGGUCCAGGAAUCUGUUCGUCGACCAAAUUUUGUACGCGAACCAAAUUAUUCGUAGGCCAAUGCAUUUGUGAACCGCAGCCGUAUUUCAAAUUAUGAAUAAGAUCCAUCCAUCCACUUUACAACCUCUUAGCCUGAGUAAGGUUAUGGGGUAAAUUAGUUCAUCAUCACUUAAUAUACUUAUACUUAAUAAUACAUAUAGUACUAUUAGUUGGAUAUUAUUAUUACCAGCCAUAAUCCAAAGUAUAUCAGCAUUUGCCUUUUGGUAGCAGCUGCUUGUCGCAGGGCUGCCUGAAGGGGGAGACAGAGAGCAAAGAUACUGGCCACUGUAGGUACUGCAUUAGCGCUUAGAGCUUUUCUGACUUUAAAAAAUAAGCUUGAUAUGUGAUAGCAUGAUAUCUAAAUUGUUUUAGUCAACUUAUCCACCAGUGCUUCAUGAAUUGGAGGAUGACCUCAAGUGACCUAUAAAAAAAAAUGGGAAACAUUAAGUGCAGGUGUGAAGUGCACUGAUAGGACAGUUCAUAUCAGGCUCCUAGAAGCAGGACUGGGGUCCCAUUAAGCAAGGAAGAAGCCCUUCAUUAAUGCGAAGCAGAGAUGAACCAAGCUGGAGUUGGCAAAACAAUGUAUAUUUUACAAAGGCACAUGCCCAUAAACUGUGAAAAGAGUGAAACUGAAAAUUUUGUUGCAGUCUUUUUCACCUGCAGUAAUUUUUUCACCUGGUGUUUCUAAAAAGGAUGAAACUCUGCCAAGCUUUGCAUGCAUCUGGUGUGCAAUCCCCAGCAAAUCCAUCAAAGCCUACUUAAUAUUCCUAGUUGUUGUUUAAUAUUAAAGCCUAGUUGAUAUUCAACUUGUCUGUGUACCGUUACAGUCAAGCACGCAGACUUUGUAUACAUACACAGGCAAAGUAGUAUACAUACAAGUUGUGCUUAGCUUAUGUGUACAGCAAUGCUUUUCCAGUACACCAGACUACCUAUUCCGUGUACUUAUGCAGUCGUUGAUAGACCCAAAAUCUUGGAUGAUGAAAUUUGACACACACACUGUGCACAGACUGUAAUGACACAUGGCUGAGUGAAGUAUGAAGUAGGCUUCAGUCCAUUUAGUCUUUUCACCGUGUCUUUAUGAGCCACUGUAUAGCUGAUUAGGUUAGAAUUCUCUGCCUACGAGUAGAUGGUUGUCUGUUCGUGUCCCAUGUGCAGCAUUAGACACUUCAUCUUGUCAUAGUGAAAAGUCAAAUGUAUUUUAGAGCAUUGUAUUAGAGUUGAAAGGUUUGGGGUGGGGGGGUGAUACACUAAGACGUAAUGGGCAAAAAUCCUCUGUUUGUUGGUGGUUUGGCUCUUUGGGGUGGGACCCCAAACUGCACCAUAGACCGCGUGAUGCUGGUUAUUAAUGUACUGUGCAAAGGUCUUAGAAUGAUAUUUAAACGAUCUUCAUGUUGGUGCAAAACAUUGCUGUUAUGUUAGUUAAGCUGAUCCAUUUUGACAAUUUCAAAAGUCAUCCCAGUAUUUGCAGCAACCAAUGCACAAAUGUAUUUUUUGACUGCACCAUAGAGCACCUGAUAUGACUAAUCAAUACAUGACUUUUUAAGCCCAGACUUUUAAUACUAUUGAAAUGAAUUAAGUGAACUUGUGAUAAAAUGUAAUACAUGGAAUGAUUGAGGUGGGUUUGGGAAGCUGUGUUCAUCUGAUUUUUUUUUUUGUUGGAUGGCUAGUUUAAUUAGUUUAAAUAAGUUAAAUUUCAAUUUAAUUUCAAUUAGCUUUUGUGUUUCUCAUAAUAUGCAUAGAAAUUGUGUUAAAUUGUGAUUUUUCUGGCAAAUACCUGUACAACAAAGAGAGCUUUAAACAUUUUCUUUGCCUAAGACUUUUGCACAGUUCUGUACACAUGCUUUGGCAUCUGCCGAAUAAAUAAUGCAAAACAUCA